AUUUUCUUAUACUUGGCAUAAGGAAUUAUUUACGUAGAAUUUGAAGAACGGAAUAAAAGAACAUACUUUCUACGGUCCUGAGGAAUGUCUAUCCCCACCUUUGAUCAUAUUCUACCGCCAGCUUUUUGCGUAGACUAUCCUCAGUGUUACCGGAUCUGUCGUGUGUAGUGUUGAGUAUAGUACGGUCUGCUUCUGUUACUACAUUUUACUAACUGUUGCAUCAAACACAUCGAAUAACCAUUAAUACCGCGAAAGAAACAUGAAUUAUACCCGUACUCUUAUGAAAAGAAAAAUGGCUGACGUUAGGGAUAACACAAGUAACAUUUCAUCAGACGCUGUGCCACAUCUCGAAGUGAUUAAUCGCGUGAAAAAUAUCCCGGUUAUUCAUUCGGCCAUAGAGAAGACCGAAUCUACAUACUCUUAUCUGAAAGAUUCGCAUCAUCUGGUCAAUUGGGCAUUAACUCAAGCUGAGGCUGGACUGCACUAUGCAACCUCCACGGCUGCACCUAUGACUGCAUCUUUGACCAAAAAAUUCGAAGGUCAGAUCAAUGCUGUAGACCAAAAAUUGUGCGAAGGAUUAAACAUAGUCGAGGAAAAAGUACCGAUAAUGAAACAACAACCUCAGCAGAUUUAUGACGCAGCCAAGGCGGUAAUGAACAGCUCUUUGCAACCAACGAUUGAUAAAUUAUAUGUUCUAAAAGAAUCAGCAACGCAACAAGCAUCUACGCUCAAAGAAGUCAGUAUAGCAAAAGCGAAUGAAUUGUUAAACACGCAAUAUGGUAAUAUGGCAGUACAAAGUGUCGAUAAUACUAGCGUUCUCAUUAACGGUUUAUUGGAUCGUUAUUUCCCUCCAGUCGAAGGGGAAGAGGUUGCACCUGUUCCUGUGUCCGCUGAUGAGAACAGAGUUUUGCAUGCAGUACAAACCAUAGGUCAGUUAUCUACAAAAACUGCUAAUCGAGUAUACCAUUCGAUUGUGGCGCAAUUAAAGACAAUGAAGGAAGAGGACGUAGCGGCAUAUAUGUCAAGCGUUAUAUCUAUUCUUCAUUUAACGUACUUCUUAAGUUUAAGUAAUAAAUACAACAGCGUUUAAGAAGCAGCGAAAAAAGAAAAUGAAGAAAAGAAAGAAAAAAAGUAGGCAUGGGCAUUAUAACAAUUAUAUAAACUAUGAACAUGCACAGAUAAUAACUAUAUAAACUAGGAGUAAUUGUAAAAUAAGACAGUACUAGCUGG